AUGAGGGCAAAGUAUUUAGAGGCACUGCUCCUCAGCCCUGCCAUUGGCGGAGUACUCGCGGCCUCAGACCCCCCAAGACCUCGGGGUGUAGGCCCUGAAUUCGCCAAAUUCUACAAAUCCCCCGACACGUUCACCUGCAUAUCCGCCCCCAGCAUCCACAUCUCCGCCUCCCGCCUCAACGACGACUACUGCGACUGUCCCGACGGUUCCGACGAGCCCGGCACCUCCGCCUGCUCCUUCCUCUCUCCACUCUCCCCGCCGUCCCCCGCCGACACCGUAACGGGCGACCUGAACACCUCGAACGCGCUGCCGGGCUACUACUGCAAGAACAAGGGCCACCAGCCGGCCUACAUCCCGUUCACAUACGUUAACGAUGGUAUCUGCGACUACGAGCUGUGCUGCGAUGGCUCUGACGAGUGGGCGGGGGUUGGAGGCGUAAAGUGUGAAGAUAGGUGCAAGGAGAUUGGGAGGGAGGCAAGGAAGCUGGAUGAGGCGAGGCAGCAGGCGCUUGGGGCGGCGAUGAGGAGGAGGAAAGAGCUGGUUAAGGAGGCGGAGAGGAUGCGGAAGGAGGUCGAGGAUAGGAUCGAGACGCUGGUGGCGCAGACCGAGGCCUCGGAGAUGCAUGUUGCGGAUCUGGAAAGGGAGGUUAAGGAGGUGGAGAGGAGUGAGAAGGGGAAGGUCGUCAAGGGGCCUGGGAAGGGGGGGAAGCUGGUCGUGCUGGCUGGUAUGGCAAGGCCGCGGAUUGAGGAGCUUAGGGAGAGUUUGCUCAAGGUUCGGAGGCAGCGUGAUGAGAGUGUGGAGAUAGUCAAGAAGCUAGAGGGUAUCCUUUCGACUUUUCAGAAGGAGUAUGAUCCCAACUACAAUGACAUGGGUGUCAAGAGGGCGGUCAGGAGCUGGGAAGAGUAUGCUGCAAACGAACAAUCGCCUGAGGCGGAUGGUGCACAUGAGCGGGAUCUGGAUGAGAUCCUCAAGUCAGACGAGGAGAAUGGGCUGAACUGGGAAGAAUUCGAGCACGUCGAGGAGAGUGAUGUCGAAGUCCUCUACAAAUUUGAAGAAUACCUUCCCAAAUCGCUGAGAGACUGGGUGCACCAAAAGCUGCGUGACCUGCGCGAAACCCUCAUCGAGAACGGCAUCCUUGCGCGCGGGAGCAGCUCAGAUAGUUCGGAGUCAAAAGCAGUCACAGAUGCGAGAACCCGUCUGAGAACAGCGCAAGACGAGCUGCGGAAGAACCGCGAAGGGAUCGAUUCUCACAAGGCAGAUCUCGAGAAGGACUACGGUCCCGACGGCAUCUUCCGUGCACUCAAGGGACAAUGCGUGUCGCAAGAUUCGGGGGAAUACACGUAUGAGUUCUGCUGGAUGGAGAAGACCACACAGAAAUCUAGGAAGGGUGGCGCGCACACAGGCAUGGGCAACUUUGUCCGAAUCGAGAAAGUCACGGUAGACGAGGAUCUGUCUGCCGAUGGUAAAGGACUGGGGUCCGGUGAGCGGUGGGCGCUGAAAUUCGAGAACGGGCAACACUGCUGGAACGGGCCAAACAGGAGCACUAAGGUUAUCUUGGCGUGUGGCGAAAAGGACGAGAUCUGGAAGGUUGUGGAGGAGGAGAAGUGCGUUUACAGGAUGGAGGUUGGCACGCCGGCCGUUUGCGGGCUUGCGUCUGACAGCGGGACCGUUCCCACUCGGGAUGAACUGUAG